AUGCGGUUGUUGGAUUUGGAGGCCAUGCAUGCACAGAAGUUUCCUCAAUAUGUAAAUGCAGUAGAGCUUUCUGUUAUGACGGAUGGUGAAUUUACUGCGGGAAUGAAAUUCAGUUCUCGAGAGGCAGUAAUUAAGGCGAUGAAAGAUUAUACCAUCCGUAGAUGCGUAGAUUAUCGGGUGUAUGAGUCAGAACCGAUGACAUUCUAUGCUAAAUGCACCCAGAAGUACUGUUGCGAGAUAAGGAGGUACAAUAGUAGUCACACCUGCACUAGGGCCACCAUUUCUCAAGAUCAUUCGAAGUUGGAUUCCAACACAAUCGCAGAAGCAAUAAAGCCAUUGGUAGAAGUUGACCCGUCCAUAAAGGUGAAAUCAGUGAUUGCAAAAGUACAGACGAAGUUUAACUACACCAUAAGUUAUCGCAAAAUAUGGUUGGCAAAACAGAAAGCAGUGGAGUCAAUUUUUGGAGGUUGGAAAGUUUCGUACGAAGCUUUGCCGAUAUGGUUUGAGGCCAUGUGUCACAAGGAGUCAUCCGCAGUCGUUCAUUUUGAGACAAUGCCUGCACAUUGCAAGCCAAUAGUACAAGUAGACAGAACUCAUUUGUAUGGAAAAUAUAAGGGUUGUUUGUUGGUUGCAGUUUCACAGGAUGGCAAUAACAACAUCGUGCCUAUUGCACUUGCGAUAGUUGAGGGAGAGACAUCUGAUACUUGGCACUUUUUUCUUAAUAACUUGCGACAAUAUGUUGUGACACGUGAUGGUGUGGGCCUGAUCUCCGAUCGGCACGAGUGCGAGACACGUUAUCAGCGUUUACGCGAGUGGGUUGUGGUGGCGAUUGCGAUGGCGAUGGUGGUGAAGCUGGUUGUUCUUGUUGAUUAUCCUGAUUAUGAAUAG